AUGUUUCGAAUUUUACCGCCUUCGGGAGAGAGCAGCACGAUCACGACUAACAGCUAUGGCAACACGGCCGGCAUCAUGCGCCGACGUGCUCGAGCCGAUGAUACAUCUCCACCACCUCGAACACCUCCGCGAUUACGAAGUCAUCUGGUUGCAAGCAUGGCAGAAUUCGUCGGGACAUUUAUGUACCUCUUCUUUGCUUUCACAAUGCAUCUGACGGCUGUUGCAAAUACUCCCCCGACGGAACCACCCACGAUACUGGUCAUCUUGACGAUCUGCAUCGCAUACGCUUUCUUUUAUGGGUUUUGGCUUCUGAUUUAUGUUCUGACAUUGCCAGGCAUGGUUCCUGGAAUGUUCAAUCCUGCUAUUGCGUUGGGCUCUGUGUUCGUCGGCGGACUGUCUGCGACGAGAGCUGUUUUCCUACUUCCGAUCCAGGUACUGGCUGGCAUAUGUGCCGCGGCGGCGGUGAAGGCACUUCUUCCUGGAGACUCGAGAAGGAUUGAAACUGUGUUAUCCCCUGGCCUUACUGUAGUGCAGGGCUUCUUCAUCGAAGUGCUCAUGACAACAUUAGUUGUGAUCACUGCUCUUGUCGUCGUUGCAAGGACUGGCGCCUUGAGCUUUAUGGCACCAUUUGGCAUUGCCACAGCACUCUUCUUCGCCUCCUUUGUCGGCAUUGGCUACACUGGAGCAUCGAUGAAUCCAAUACGAUCAUUCUCACUGUGUGCAAUCAAUUCUGACUUUCCAUACUGUCAUUGGAUCUACUGGGCUGGACCCAUCGUCGGAGCUCUGCUACCUUGCAUAUACUACAGACUUGUGCAGCUUCUGAUGCCUCAAUGCACAGCAACUGAGAACUUGCCUGAGGACGGACACGGCAAACCAACGCAGAGAAACGAUCCCUCUGGAGGGCAUGGUGCUGCUGAGGAGCGAACGAGAAUGAUUCCAGAGGCACCAACCCCGCCAAAGAUUAGGAAGACCACGACGAUGCGUGUGUCUGAGAGUCAUAGCCCUGGAGGUCGCAGAACGAGCAACCGGAGUGAUGCGGCUCAGCAGGUCUAUUACGAGAAGGACGAUGAAUAUGGGUCUUUCUAUCCGAGUGGUGUCACAACGCCACCAAGAUCACCAUACCGAAGCUCGAGAGAGGAGAGGCGUGUCAGCUCGGGCAGGCACAGUGACAUGGAUCGAUACGCCAGAGCUCGUGGAUACGAAGAGGUGAUGCGCUAG